AUGGAGGCCGCCCUGAAUGGGUCUGUGCCGCCCAAAGUAGACGAUGAACAAACCAGGCGGCUGCGGCGUGCGCAGCUAAAGGAGCUCAACGAGACCCAAGCCGGCCAAGCGCCGGCCAAGGCCUUGGACUCUUCUCUCAAACGGCACACCGCGUUGAUCAAGCGAAUUCGCCAGUCGGUCGGCGUCGAGAAUCGCGAUCAAAUAAUCAAAGACAUAGAGACGUUGUCGUUGGAGAAGUAUGUGGAUGAGCUUGCUGGUGCUGCUCUGGAGGGUAUAGCGCGCUGCAAGACAGAGAAGGACGUAUGGAAUGCGGCGGAGGCUUUCACUCCCGAGCUCGUUUCUACGCUGUCUGCGGCAUUGGCUCCGCCAAACCGAGCUGCACUGGCGGCGCUCGCUGCGGAACAGCGAGAGAAGGAAGAUACGGCGCGAGUCACACGCCAACGGCCUGUACUACGAGUAUGCGCAGAGCUUGCGCUGGUUGGGAUCAUCAGAGACGCUCCUGAAAGAAGUGGUGGCGAGUGGAUGAUCAAGGCCAUUAAGGACCUGUUGUCGAACGAUCCUACUCUGUCUUCUCUGCCGCUUCUGUCGACGUUUUUGAAGUCCUUUGCUCGUCCUUACUUGGGCAUCACACCUCCUUCGACCGCCAAGCAGAUCUCGGCUUCUUCGGAACCAGGCACACUCUCCUCUGCCGCCACGGACGAAGCGAACGCGAAGGUCAACGGCGCGUUCCCGGCGCUCGUGAAGGAAGAGGAAGAAUUGGUCGAGAAGGAGAUCCGAGACAGAUUCAAGAAGAUGUGUGAGGGCUACUUCGAGAAUGUAUCGAAAAAACUGGUGCAAGAGCACAACCGGUUGCAAGAUCAAGACAAACGCAAUCACGAAGCAUACAUCCGCUCAGGAGAGAUCUUUGAGGACAGGCAGCAAGCAUACGAGAAGAUGACCAAGAGCUACGAGAAGCUACUAGCAAGUUGUCAGACCUUAUCUGAGCUCCUGUACCUACCCAUGCCUGCGCUCAAGACAGCCUCCCAGAGGACAGAAUCCAUCCUGAUCGGGGCGAACACAGGCAUCUCCGUGCCUGGGGGAGAUGUCGAGUCUGUGACCGGCGGAAAGUGGGAAGACGAAGAGGAGCGGCGGUUUUUCGAGGACAUUCCGGAUCUGAAAGACUAUGUGCCUAGGAGCGUCCUCGGUCUGGAGGGUGAGGCUGACGAGACGGCGGAUGUGGGGAACAAGGAGAAGGAGAAGAAGGAUCAAGAGCGGGUGCAAGAGGAAGUGAGGAAGCUGGAGGAAGAGCUCGCUGGUUUGAAGGUCAAUGAUGAAGGGCAGGCCAACGGGGUUGCGCUCACCGCUCAGGAUGACGUCAAUCCGAAAAGUGAAGAGGAUGAUGACGAAGACGACGCGCCCACACCUACCGCAGGCACGCCGAAGACUUCACCCCCCUCCACUCCCCAGCUCGCGCCUCAGGGCCCUUCUCAGAUGCUAACCACAUUACUCGCGCGUCUUCCCGACGCGACCAACCGAACCAUGAUCGAUCAAGCUGCAGUCGAGUUCGCGUUCCUGAAUUCGAAGGCGGCUCGGAAGCGGAUGGUGAAGUUCAUGUCCCAGGUUCCGAAGAGUCGCACAGAUCUCCUACCCCACUAUUCACGGCUCAUCGCGACUUUGAACAAGUACAUGCCAGAUAUCGGUCAAGACGUUAUCGCUUGGCUUGAUGAAGAGUUCAGGUACCUUCAGCGGAAGAAGAAGGUUGUCAUCGAGCUCGCUGAAGUUCGGCUGAAGAACCUAACCUUCAUCUCCACAUUGACGAAGUUUCGGGUCAUACCUCCCCAUGUCAUCCUGCACAUGUUCAAGGUGUGCUUGGACGAUUUCCACGGCACAAAUGUAGACAACUUUGCCAUCCUGCUGGAAGGCUGUGGACGCUUCCUGCUGCGAAGCGAUGAGACGAGGGAACCGUUCAGCAAGAUGCUGGAGCUCAUGCGCAGGAAGCAAAGCAUGCAGCACUUUGAUCAGAGGCAGCUGCUUCUUUUGGAAAACGCAUACUACCAGUGCAAUCCGCCGGAGCGCACAGCAAGGCAAGACAAAGAGCGUACGCCUAUGGAGCUCUUCAUCCGGCACCUCAUCUAUGACGUGCUCACGAAGAAGACCAUCGACAAGGUCCUGAAACUUAUUCGCAAGCUCGACUGGAACGACGAAGCUGUGCUCCGUACCCUGCACAAGGUCUUCACGAAGCCGUGGAAAGUCAAGUUCGGCAACGUCGCACUCCUCGCGAUGCUGACGUACGACUUGCAACGGUACCACCCGGCCUUCGCCGUCGCCGUCGUGGAUCAGGUGCUGGAGGAUAUCCGGCGUGGGUUGGAGCAGAACGUCUAUAGUAUCAACCAGCGGCGUGUCGCUACCGCGAAGUACCUUGGCGAGCUGUACAUCUAUCGCUUAAUUAGCUCGGGCAUUAUCUUCGAUACGCUGUGGACGUUCGUGACGUUCGGCCAUCCCGAGGGCAGACCUCUACCCGGCCAGCCAUGCCCUGUCGACAUGCCUGAUGACUUCUUCCGCGUUCGGCUUGUCUGUGUCAUCCUCGAUACUGUCGGCAUGUGCUUCGACCGAGGGACUCAGCAGAAGAAGUUAGACAAUUUCUUGAGUUUCUUCCAGGUGGGCAUAUCUUACGCAUCUCCGCCGAGCGCACUCAUAGCGCUUGCGGUGAGACCGAAGUUGACCAUGUUCAAGACUUUCGAAGAAGUUGCUCUGGCUGUGGACGAGAUGUUCAAUACGGCUUACCAGAAUGCUGGUCGAUCAGUAUCUACAGCCGAGGACAGUGGUGACGAUAGUGACAGAGAAGACGGUGAAGGGGACAGGCGUGAUGGCGGUGAAGAUGAAGACGAAGACCAGGCUCAAGCUGUCUCUCCGGUUGACGAGCGCGCCCCGUCUCCUGAAGCUGUCGUCCUUAAGGCCUCCCAGGAGAAUGUCGGACCCUCGGAGGAAGAUGACGCGGAGUUCGCUAGAGAGUUAGCGAAGAUGGAGAUUGAAACCUCCUCGGACGGGAGGAAGGUUGACAAGAAGACUGCCCUAGCCAUGUGGGACUCCAGUCUUCCUCCGCCUGUCUUGCGGAAGAAGCGCAAUGAGGACCUCGAGGAGGAGGACAACCUUGCGACUAACGCGGCUGACCAACCGGGGACUAUGACGUUCACCCUUUUCACGAAGCGUGGAAACAAGCCUCAGAGACACCAGGCCCGGCAGCUCGCUAUCCCUGCAGAGUCCACUCUGGCCGCACAGACUCGUGCAGCCCAGAUGCAGGACAAGGUUGAACAGCAACACUUGAAGAGGCUCGUCCUUCAAUAUGAACAGCGCGAGGAAACGGAUGAGAUGAAAGCUCUGGAAGCUCGCACUCGUAACGGGGCCGUCAAGAUACGAUACGGCGGAUAA